ACCCUAUUCUUACUGACCUGCGAACCAUUUUUCGUGCGGACUUGUGAAAAUGGAAGCCGAAUCAAAUUUCUCUCAAAUUGCACCUCCGAUCUUCAACGAAGAAAAUUAUGAUCUUUGGGCUGUCAAAAUGGAGGCUUACCUAGAGGCUUUGGAUCUUUGGGAAGCUAUAGAAGAGGAUUACGAAGUUCUUCCGCUGCCGGAUAAUCCCACCGUUGCCCAGAUCAGAAGCCACAAGGAGAGAAAAAUACGAAAGGCAAAAGCAAAGUCAUGCCUUUUUGCAGGUGUUUCUCAAACAAUCUUUACAAGAGUCAUGGCUCUCAAAUCGGCAAAAUCAAUAUGGGAUUAUUUGAAGGAGGAGUAUGCUGGAGAUGAAAGAAUUCGAAGCAUGCAGGUACUUAAUUUAAUGCGGGAAUUUGAGUUGCAAAGGAUGAAAGAAUCCGAGACAAUCAAGGAAUACUCUGACAAAUUGUUAGGUAUUGCCAACAAGGUGAGGUUGUUGGGCAGCGAUUUUGCAGAUUCCAGAAUUGUCAAGAAAAUUCUGGUGACGGUGCCGGAGAGGUACGAAGCAUCUAUAGCUUCGUUGGAGAACACAAAAGAUUUGUCUAAAAUCACUUUGGCUGAAGUGUUACAUGCCUUGCAAGCCCAAGAGCAGCGAAGAUUGACGAGACAAAAUCAUGUUGUAGAAGGUGCUUGGCCAAGCAUCACGAAGUUGAACAGAGCAAAAAGAAACAUUUCAAGAAGAAUCAAGCAUCAAGCAAUCAAAGUCCAACAAGAAACCAAAUGA